CCGCCGCGGCCCCGCUGCCCUCACGGCCCUCACGGCCCUGCCGGUUCCACCGGCCCUGCCCGGGGCGGUGUCGGAGCGCUGUGUCUCACCUUCUGCGGGCCCCCGGGGCUUCCCGGUCCUGCUGUGCGGCCUUUUGGAGCCGCUUUCAGCACCGCUACCGCAUUAAAAGUCGAUUUAAUGAACCUUUAGGGGCCUGUAAAUUGCUCGUUUUCUAGUGGCUGCUUCCCCACAGCUGUGUUUGGCUGCACUGGAGCAUGGAGCCCAUCUCCCUGCCAGAACCAGGCACUGCUGCAGGAAACAGCUCAUCUGUGGCACAGGAAAAGUUCCAUGUGCUGGUGGGAGUGACUGGAAGCGUGGCUGCCCUCAAGCUGCCCCUGCUGGUCGCGGAAUUGCUGAAAAUCCCUGCGCUCGAGGUGAAGGUGGUCACUACUGAGAGAGCAAAACAUUUCUACAAUGCCCAGGAGAUUCCUGUGACCCUCUAUGGUGAUGAAGAGGAGUGGCAGCUGUGGAAGGGCCGCUCGGACCCCGUCCUGCACAUUGAGCUCCGGCGCUGGGCUGACCUCAUGGUGGUGGCACCUCUGGAUGCCAACACGCUGGCAAAGGUUGCCAAUGGCAUCUGUGACAACCUGCUGACUUGUGUCAUCCGCGCGUGGGACCUGAGCAAACCCCUGCUCUUCUGCCCUGCCAUGAACACGGCCAUGUGGGAGCAUCCCAUCACAGCUCGCCAGGUGGAGCAGCUGAAGGGCUUCGGCUACACAGAGAUCCCCUGUGUGGUGAAGAAACUCGUGUGUGGAGAUGAAGGCCGAGGUGCCAUGGCAGAAGUGUGGACCAUCGUGGAAAGAGUUAAAAGGAUCCUUGAAGAACGGGACGUGCCAAGGCAGAGCUGAUGUUUUGGCAUGUAAAUGGUGGUUUUGUGCCUUCCUGAUGGUUUGGAGAUAAACCCAGCAGGAGGCUGGGCUCAGCUGCCCUGGUACCCAUGGCAUGCAUACCUUUAGCUGCUCUUCAACAGAAAGAGCCAAAGCCAACGGUUGUGUUCCAGCUGGUGCAAAACUGAAAUGUGGUACCUCACCACAGACUUUCAAAACCAGAGCCAAGAUUGUGCUGCUUUAGUGUGGAAAACUCUGUGGUAUUUUGGGAGUAACUGUUCCAGAGGCUGCUCAGCCCCCAGUGCUUCACACCUGCUCUGUUCUGGUCAGGCUGCAGAAGGUGUUUCUCGAGAGGAAAAGGCCCUGCAAAUUCUGGUGUAGGGUAAUUGCAGCAACUUCUAGCAAGUGUCUCCUGGACCAUUCCUGCUCUCCAAAUCUUGGUCCAUACUGGUGCUGGCUGCAUGUUCCUCCCAGCAGGAGUCACUGUCCAAAAAGAUUUUCCCUCUGGGAACUUAAUAAAAAAGAGUUAUUAAUCCUGCCCCUGA